AUGCUGGAGGGCCGUCAGGCUGAUGUCUACGAGCGAAUCAAGUGGGAUGGCUGGGGCCUGCGGGACGUCGCAUUGUGGUACGACGAAGAAAAAAAUCUUGUCUUUCACUUGAAUGGGAAACCCAUGAAGGGACUCCUGCCAUUCAUCCAGGAGAAGGUUGUGCAUGGCACUGGUGAAAUGAGACUGGUAAAAUCACCGGGUAUUUCCGUGGAGGAGGCCGUCAAGCGACUUCAGCAGCCUUUCAUUAACCAAACAUUUCUGGAGGAGUUGCGGCAGGCCUUACAAAAGGACCAGAUUCGUCUUGACGGACAAAGCCGCCUUACGCACAUGGUUGGAAAAAACUAUCGAGAUCUCUGGCGGGCUCGAAAUGGCUUGUUUGACCGCGCACCUGACGCAAUAUGCCUGCCCAACAGACACGAGGACUGUGCAAAGAUUAUGGAGCUUGCUCACAAGCAUAAUGUGGUUCUUAUUCCUUUUGGUGGUGGAACAAGCGUUACAGGCGGUGUCGAGCCUACACCUUUUGAGACAAAGCGCAUGAUUGUUUCGGUUGAUAUGCGUCGAAUGGGACGCAUGUUGUCCAUUGAUAAGGAGUCCGGAUUGGCUGUAUUUGAGGCGGGUGUUUUGGGUCCUGAUAUGGACGAGCAGCUCCGACCUCAUGGCUUUAUGUUCGGCCAUGAUCCGGACAGCUAUACUCACUCGACUCUUGGUGGAUGGAUUGGUGCACGUGGUAGCGGUGCCAUGUCGAACAAGUAUGGCGAUAUAGAGAACAUGCUUCUUGCAAUGAAGGUAGCAACUCCUAUUGGCGUUGUGGAGACACCUGUUACUUCACGACCCUGUGGGGUGGAUCUCAAUGCCAUGUUCACUGGAUCGGAGGGGGCGUUUGGAAUUAUCACGGAGGCCACUGUUAAGAUUGAGCGUAUUCCUGAGGUGAGACAUUUUGAAGGUUGGAUGUUUCCUUCCUUCGAGGUUGCUUUUUCUGCCUUUCACACAUGCACGCGAAAGGGAGUUCAUCCUUGCACAAUGCGACUUUAUGACGAGGAAGAAACGCGUUUUAGCUUUGCGGCAAGUACAGACGAUAGCCUGAUUGGCUCACUUAUUAGCAAGGGCCUGAAAAAAUACCUGGAGAAAAUAAAACAGUGGGAUCUCCGGAAACUUUCUUUGGUCAUUGUUGGAUUUGAAGGGACGAAGGCUCAGACACGUUGCCAAAGAUCUGAGUUGUCAGUUAUCUUUAAGGAGUUUGGGGCAGUUUGUCUGGGAUCGAAGCCUGGAGUGUCUUGGAUGGAAAAAAAGUACGAUUUGCCUUAUCUUCGUGACUUGGCUCUUUCCCACUCGUUGUGGGCAGAUGUGUUUGAGACCAGUGUUUUGUACUGUGAUGCCAUUCGCUGCUGGCGCGCCGUGAAGGAGUCAUUUGCUAAUGUAAUGAAGGAAAACGGGAGGACCGGUUGGAUUGGAUGCCACAGCGCCCACCAAUAUCGCUUUGGCUGCUGUCUUUACUUUACUUUUAUUGGUGCCCAGCACGAUGAGAAUGACAUGAAGCUCUUUUUACAAAUCAAACAGCGUGCCAUGGAGGCAAUGCUAAGCCAUACCGGGAAUCUGACUCAUCACCAUGGGAUCGGCUACGAACACGUUCCGUGGAUGCAGCGUUACAACGGCAAAAUUGGGUUUGAAGCGAUCAUGCGGUUCAAGAACGCCCUUGACCCUAGGAACAUAUGCAACCCUGGCAAGCUGCUUCCGUCCCCCCGUGCUGAGGACGAGACAUUGGAGGCAGCUGAGGCUCGUCAACGCCGUGAGAUGAUGUUUGACAAGAUGGGAGUUCCAGGAGCGGUGCAGUCUCACCUGUAA